AUGUCUUUCGGCCCCGGACCCGUUAUCCUCUCCCUCUCCCAAUGGACUGAGCUCAACCUCAGCGCAAUUAUCCAGGCCACCGCGACAGCCAGCGCCCUCGACACAAUUGAGAGCCUGCUCUUCAAGGACGCUCUCAUCACCAUCAACGGGCAAACUAGCUCCCGCGCUGACCUCGCGGAACAAUUGAAUAAAGCCAGGUUCCCAGGAACCCAGGCUGCCAUCUCUUUCAAAGGGGCUGUUGAAGUUCCUGCCGAUGCUCAGAAACCUCUCCUCGCCGGCUCUGUUGGCGUCUUCUUCACCGCCGUCGUUAAAUUACCCGAAAUCAUUCGCGAUGUUCCCCCCCAGGAGAAAUUGACUGCCUCUAUCAAUGUGGUAAUUGCAGAAGGUGAAAGUCUCUCUAAAGUGACUCCGGACAGAAAAGUCAAAGAAUUGAACGCAGUAAUUCAUCUGGGAGCUGUCCAAGCUUGA